UAUAAAUUUAACAUGCAGAAGAGCUCUCUAGCAGCUUUACCGCAAAAAGCCAAAGCUUACACCCACAUUGUCUCUCUUGUUCCAGAUUCACUUCCUUUUAUUACAGGAAUUGCUCCUUCUUACACAGCCGAGUAUGAUUAUAAAGAAAUGGGAGAUUAUCUCACACAGGAAGAAUUUAACUACAUUUUAGAGAAAAUCAACUCCAUUCUUUUUACAUAUUGGCCUUGAUGAAUGUGAUAUUAUGGACUAGGUCUCAUCUUUGGGAUCCUUACUCUUGGCUUAACUUGAAUUUGUCCUUACUUGAUUAUUCGUGAGGCGCAAGGCCAUUUAGAUGACACCAUCCAAAUGCUAAAUGCCCAAAUCUGAAAACCAAAAGGUCUGACGCUUGAAUAUCGGUCACAAUGAUGUUAUAGAUCAAGUAUUGAAUUAUUUGCUACAGCUAAAGAAAGUAUGGAUGCUGUUAUUUAAUC